AUCAGAAAAGUGCGGAACUUUUUGUAGGGAAGUUAGGGACGAUUCCCAACAGAGAAACUUACUUCCAGUUUUCCACAACUAUGGGGACUUCCCAUUGGGCAUUCCUGGUCCUAGGCUUUCUCCUCACAGGGCCGAGCCUAAUUCUCUGCCAGCUUUCAUUCCCCGCUAUCCUUCCAAACGAAAAUGAAAAGGUUGUGCAGCUGAAUUCAUCCUUUUCUCUGAGAUGCUUUGGGGAGAGUGAAGUGAGCUGGCAGUACCCCAUGUCUGAAGAAGAGAACCCCAAUGUGGAAAUCAGAAGCGAAGAGAACAACAGUGGCCUUUUUGUGGCCGUGCUGGAGGUGGUGGGCGCCUCUGCAGCCCACACGGGGCUGUACACUUGCUAUUACAACCACACUCAGACAGAAGAAGGCGAGAUUGAAGGCAGGCACAUCUACAUCUACGUGCCAGACCCAGAUAUAGCCUUCGUCCCUCUAGGAAUGACAGAUUACUUAGUCAUCGUGGAGGAUGAUGAAUCUGCUAUCAUACCUUGUCGCACGACCGACCCAGAGACCCCGGUCACCUUGCUCAACAGCGAUGGGGUGGUGCAGGCCUCCUAUGACAGCAGACAGGGCUUUAAUGGCACCUUUACCGUUGGACCCUAUAUCUGUGAGGCCACUGUCAAAGGGAGGAAAUUCCAGACCAUCCCAUUCAACGUUUAUGCGUUAAAAGCAACAUCAGAACUUGAUCUGGAAAUGGAAGCUCUUAAAACUGUAUAUAAGUCGGGGGAAACAAUUGAGGUGACCUGUGCUGUCUUUAACAACGAGGUGGUGGACCUUCAGUGGACUUACCCUGGAGAAGUGAAAGGCAAAGGUGUCACAACGCUGGAAGAAAUCAAAGUCCCGUCCAUCAAAUUGGUGUAUACGCUGAAGGUCCCCGAUGCCACAGUGAAAGACAGCGGGGACUAUGAGUGUGCCGCCCGCCAGGCCACCAAGGAGGUCAAAGAGAUGAAGAUGGUCACCAUUUCUGUCCAUGAGAAAGGGUUCAUUGAAAUCAAACCCAACUUCAGUCAGCAGGAAGCUGUCAACCUGCAUGAAGUCAAGCACUUUGUGGUGGAUGUGCAGGCCUACCCCCCUCCCCGGAUAUCCUGGUUGAAGGACAACCUGACCCUGAUCGAGAACCUCACUGAGAUCACCACUGAUGUAGAAAAGAUUCAGGAAAUAAGGUAUCGAAGCAAAUUAAAGCUGAUCCGAGCUAAGGAGGAAGACAGUGGCCAUUAUACUAUUGUAGUUCAAAAUGAAGAUGAUGUGAAGAGUUAUACUUUUGAACUCUUAACUCAAGUUCCCUCCUCUAUUCUGGACUUGGUCGACGACCACCACAGCUCCACUGGGGGACAGACGGUGAGGUGCACAGCUGAAGGAACACCUCUUCCUGAGAUCGAGUGGAUGAUUUGCAGGGAUAUUAAGAAAUGUAAUAAUGAAACUUCAUGGACGAUUUUGGCCAACAACGUCUCAAAUGUCAUCACGGAGAUCCACCCCCGAGACCGGAACACAGUGGAAGGCCAAGUGACGUUUGCCAAGGUGGAGGAGACCAUUGCUGUGCGAUGCUCCGCUAAGAAUCUCCUGGGGGCUGAGAACCGAGAACUGAAGCUGGUGGCGCCCACUCUGCGUUCUGAACUCACGGUGGCGGCUGCUGUCCUGGUGCUGUUGGUGAUUGUGAUCAUCUCACUUAUUGUCCUGGUUGUCAUUUGGAAACAGAAACCAAGGUAUGAAAUUCGUUGGAGGGUCAUCGAAUCAAUCAGCCCCGAUGGCCAUGAAUAUAUUUAUGUGGACCCAAUGCAGCUGCCUUAUGACUCAAGAUGGGAGUUUCCAAGAGAUGGACUAGUGCUUGGUCGUAUCCUGGGAUCUGGUGCAUUUGGAAAAGUGGUUGAAGGAACUGCCUAUGGAUUAAGCCGUUCCCAGCCCGUCAUGAAAGUAGCAGUGAAGAUGCUAAAACCCACAGCCAGAUCCAGUGAAAAGCAAGCUCUCAUGUCCGAACUGAAGAUAAUGACUCACCUGGGACCGCAUUUAAACAUUGUAAACUUGCUGGGAGCCUGUACGAAGUCAGGCCCCAUUUACAUCAUCACUGAGUACUGCUUCUAUGGGGAUUUGGUCAAUUACCUGCAUAAGAAUAGGGACAGUUUUUUAAGCCACCACCCAGAGAAACCAAAGAAAGAGCUGGACAUCUUUGGGUUGAACCCCACUGAUGAAAGCACACGGAGCUAUGUUAUUUUAUCUUUUGAAAACAAUGGUGAUUACAUGGACAUGAAGCAAGCUGAUACCACACAGUAUGUGCCCAUGCUGGAAAGGAAAGAAGUUUCUAAAUAUUCGGACAUCCAGAGAUCCCUGUAUGAUCGCCCAGCCUCAUACAAGAAGAAAUCUAUGUUAGACUCAGAAGUCAAAAACCUUCUUUCAGAUGAUAACUCAGAAGGCCUUACCUUGUUGGAUUUGUUGAGCUUUACUUAUCAAGUUGCCCGUGGAAUGGAGUUUUUGGCUUCAAAAAAUUGUGUACACCGGGACUUGGCUGCUCGCAACGUCCUCCUGGCGCAAGGGAAGAUCGUGAAGAUCUGUGACUUUGGCCUCGCAAGAGACAUCAUGCAUGAUUCUAACUACGUGUCGAAAGGCAGUACAUUUCUCCCCGUGAAGUGGAUGGCUCCCGAAAGCAUCUUCGACAACCUCUACACCACACUGAGCGACGUCUGGUCCUACGGCAUUCUGCUCUGGGAGAUCUUUUCCCUUGGCGGCACUCCCUACCCUGGCAUGAUGGUGGAUUCUACCUUCUAUAAUAAGAUCAAGAGUGGGUACCGGAUGGCCAAACCUGAUCACGCCACCCGGGAAGUCUACGAGAUCAUGGUGAAGUGCUGGAAUAGCGAGCCAGAGAAGAGACCCUCCUUUUACCACCUGAGUGAGAUUGUGGAGAAUCUGCUGCCUGGACAAUAUAAAAAGAGCUAUGAAAAGAUUCACCUGGACUUCCUGAGGAGCGACCAUCCAGCUGUGGCACGCAUGCGCGUGGACCCCGACAACGCCUACAUUGGUGUCACCUACAAAAAUGAGGAAGACAAGCUGAAGGGCUGGGAGGGUGGCCUGGACGAGCAAAGGCUGAGCGCGGACAGUGGCUACAUCAUCCCUCUGCCUGACAUCGAUCCUGUCCCGGAGGAGGAAGACCUGGGCAAGAGGAACCGACACAGCUCGCAGACCUCAGAAGAGAGUGCCAUUGAGACAGGUUCCAGCAGUUCAACUUUCAUCAAGAGAGAGGAUGAGACCAUUGAGGACAUGGACAUGAUGGAGGACAUUGGCAUAGACUCCUCGGACCUGGUGGAGGACAGCUUCCUGUAACUGGUGGGCUCAGGGCUCCCGUCCACUGCUGGACCCACUUGGGAUCCCUUUAAGAAAACCACUUUAUUGCAAUGCAGAAUUUGAGAGGACUUGGAUGAUGUGGCCAGAGAAGUUCCUGGCCAAGGGCCUUGGGGAACUUUCUAAAUAUGAGCAAGCAGAUUGUUCUGAAAUGAACUCUUCGAGCAUUGCCUCUUGCAAUGCUUUCAGUAGCAUCUCAGUGGUGUGCGAAGACUGGAGGUAGAUGGACAGGAAAUACUAGGCCAUGAAGAUGAACUUCGUGGUUCAAGUGCAUUGGUGAGAUUCCAACAUACACAACUUUGACCGCAAUGAACUCCAGCGUUGUAAUUAUGUAAAUAACUCUAACCAAGGAUGUGUUUCGAUUUGUAUUAACUAUCUUCUCUGGACUUCUGGAGAGACCACUCAACAUGUACUUCCUGCUCGAAACCUGGUAUCAGCUGCUGUUGAACUUUUUUAUGAAGUACAUGCAAAACCACUUUUGAACCUUAAGAACCUUAAAAGGUACUGGUACUAUAGCAUUUCACAUUUUUUUUUUUAGCGUAAAGAGAUAAAAGAUAAUAAUUAACCAAUUUUGUUUAAUAGAUUUGGGUUACUUAGAAACCCAACAAUUCAUUUUCCUAUUGUAAUCUACGUUUAUAAUCAUACUACUGUUAUCAGUAAUGCUAAAUCUGUAAUAUCUAACAUGUUUUCCCUACAGAGAAAGCACAAUUAAAAAAAAAAUCCCUUACUAAGUAGGUGACCAGUUUGACAAGUUUUGACAUUUAUAUUAAAUAACAUGUUUCUCUAUUAAAUAUGGUAAUAGCUUUAGUGGAUUAAAUUUAGUUGAACAAAGAGGACAAGUAGCGUUUUCCAGGAAGUCAAUGUUUUUAACUGUGUGCUGAGGAGGUUAUCUAAUCUCUUGUACUGCAAACAAUGAACUGCCCUCUGAGGUAAUCAGAUUCAAAAUGAACAAACAAAGCCCCCAAACCCUAAAUGUUUUCAACAGGGAGUCUAAGUUUAUGCCUAACAUGAUUCCCCAUAUUAUUACCCCAUGGAAAAUGCAUUUGUCAGCAAAGAGUGAAUUUUCAGAGGUUCCUUCCAUGCCUGGUGGUAACGUUUGUGGCCCCAAGUGUAGCUAUGUGUUUAACUCGAUAAGCUUGGCCAGGGUCACAGGAUGAGCUGGGCUUCAGCCGCACGUCUUCCACCAUCUCUUACCCUAAAGAGAAAGAACUUGAAAUGCUGAGGUCAUAAAAUGCAUUGUUUAGAGAAGGCUGUGUGUGCCUUGGCCUGGGUUCUGGGUUCCCCAAUGUAACCUGGCAUCCAGGUCUGGGUACCCACCCCAAAUAUUCUGACCUGUUGUUGGGGGAAGCAGGAAUCUGUUUUUAUAAACUCAUUGGACUGAAUCAGGUUUGGGAAAUACCGGCUUAGGUUACAGGAAGUUACCCUGGGAAAAAAGUAAUUUGAAAUUUGGAAAUGGGCUAAAAGUCAACCAUGCAGGAAGCCUACUAGUUAAAUCCUUGGCUCCAGAUCAGUGACGUUUAGUACUCUAUUUCUAACAAUUACUACUCUUAAUUUAAUUUUGCAGUCUUAGCAGAGGCUGAAUAAGCUAAAUCUUGGUUUGGCAGUUCUUCUAAAAGUAAAGACACUGCUUCCCACUGCAGGGAGGACCGAGCUUGUCUAUCCCAGGCCUGCAGCACUCAUGAAAAGGCCUGCACCAGAAUGAUGCAAGUCCGAUUGUGCGGGCUCUGUAAAACAAGGUCAAUAUUUUACUGAAAAUAAUUUGAAAGUGUUGCUGAAAUUUUGGGGUUAGCUAGGAGGACACAUUGUCACUUCCACCCCAACCGUCAGCAUGACUGGUGUGGGUUCAUUGACAUUCUUUGCGAUACCGUUUAAUUGCCGACACCACAUGAAUGAAACAUGGGCUGUGAUUAUGGCAAUCAGUGUGUGUGCUUUUGCCAGGUGAUGCUUUGGAAGAUGUAGAAGCAAUAACAAGGUACUUGACUACCUACUGGUGUAAUCUCAAUGCAAGCCCUGACUUUCUUAUCCACCUUUUUCAUAGUAAGUGUAAAGACUGAGCCAGAUUGGCCAAUUAAAAGAGAAAACCUGACUUAGUUCUGUCAGGCCAAUUAGACUUGAAAUACAUUUGUGUUUCUAGAAUCACAGCUCAAGCAUUCUGUUUAUCACUCACUCUCCCUUGUACAACCUUCAUUUGUUGGUGCUUUGCAUUUUGAUUUACUGUGAUGUUUUGCCUGAUGUCAUGAAACUGGAUGAAAAUUCUCAGACCAGCAGGAUUCCGUCCUAUUAAAUGCCCUCAUCUAAGUUUGUGACUGUACUUUUUUUUUUCUAAAAAAACUGUUUUCAAUAUAUCACAGAUUUAUUUCCCUUUUGGCCUCUUGCAAAGUCCCCAGGUAAAAACUUGUCAGGCCCUCCUUGCUUUUGAUUUUUAUGAAGACAAUCAAAACUGACCUGAGAAACACAAUUUGUGACUUUCUAAAUGAUCAGUGAUGUCCUUAAAAUGUGGUCUACCAAUCUGUACAAAAUGGUCCUAUUUUUGUGAAGAGGGACGUAAGAUAAAAUGAUGUUAUACAUCAAUAUGUAUAUAUGUAUUUCUAUAUAGACUUGGAGAAUACUGCCAAAACAUUUAUGACAAGCUGUAUCACUGCCUUUGUUUAUAUUUUUUUAACUGUGAGUUUCCCCACAGGCACAUUAACUGUUGCACUUUUGAAUGUCCAAAAUUUAUAUUUUAGAAAUAAUAAAGAGAAAAAUACGUAAGUGUUCCCAAAACAGUGGUGUGGUGAAUGUGUGAGAAGAGCUAACUGGCUAAGAAGGGUCUACCAAUACAAAUGUAUUCUACAUGCCCCUGCUCAUGUUUUUGUUUGAAAAUGUGUAAAUGAAGAUCUUUAUAUUUCAAUAAAUGAUA